UUUCAUGCGUCGCUCUGGUGGGCAGGGAGGAAGCGGUGUGGCGGCUGGCGUCCAUAUCAAGGAGGAGCAAUUGCUUUCCAGAUAAUACAACGCACAGGCCAUUAAAUAUACGAUAUUCUCAUAUUGUAAUAAACACAAAGCCUUAGACCUCAGGAAGCCUGUCAGGUUUAAGAGUCGAAGGUGUCCGGGAAAGCGGGGACAGACAUGUCAGAAACAUACGAUUUCCUGUUCAAGUUCCUGGUGAUUGGCAGCGCUGGGACGGGGAAAUCUUGCCUCCUGCACCAGUUCAUCGAAAACAAGUUCAAACAGGACUCCAACCACACCAUUGGUGUGGAGUUCGGCUCCAGGGUGGUCAACGUCGGCGGGAAGACCGUGAAGCUGCAGAUAUGGGACACUGCUGGGCAGGAGCGCUUCAGAUCUGUGACUCGAAGUUACUAUCGCGGGGCAGCAGGAGCUCUUCUAGUGUAUGACAUCACGAGCCGGGAGACGUACAAUGCCCUGACCAACUGGCUGACGGACGCACGGACGCUGGCCAGUCCCAACAUCGUCAUCAUCCUGUGCGGGAACAAGAAGGACCUGGACGCCGACCGGGAGGUGACCUUCCUGGAGGCCUCGCGCUUCGCCCAGGAGAACGAGCUGAUGUUCCUGGAAACGAGUGCUCUGACAGGGGAGAAUGUGGAAGAAGCUUUCCUCAAAUGUGCUCGAACCAUCCUCAACAAAAUAGAGUCAGGCGAGCUGGACCCGGAGCGGAUGGGUUCGGGGAUCCAGUACGGAGACGCGUCGCUGCGACAGCUUCGCCAGCCGCGGGGCACCACUGCACAGAGCAAGCAGCAGUGCAGCUGCUAAGAGCCCCCCCUCUGUCCCCUCCACAACCCCCCCUCCCCCUCCCCAGCCCCCCCCAACCCUGCCCCCCGCUCCCCAACGUGCCAGGUGCCCCCUGCAGGUCAGAAACGCACAGUGCAGCUCCCACACCGUCAUCGCGAGACUCGCGCGACUAUGAUCCAGUCCAUUUUAGACACUGCCACUAUGCAACUCACUUUUAACCCAUUAGCGUUUAACAGGGAUGGUGACAGAGGCAGUUUCUCCAGAGGGCACUGAGUGCAUCCUGUUCCAGUGCUGAUGCUGCUAACUGGCUGGAAGUAAGACCUGGAAUGGCUCAAAAUGCUGUGCAUUGGGAGUGUCGUUUCCAUUCAUGUAAUGCCUCCCCCCCCCCCCCAAAGAUAUAUUGUCAAGUAUAUUUGUGAAGGAGCUUGACUUAUGAUAGGAAUUUUCAAAUCCAAAGGUUUGCCACUGCUAUUGUACAUCUGAGUCUUGGAUUAUGGGCAACUACUAAGCAAAAUGAAGUAUAAUGUUAGCGUACAAAUUCUGCCACUCUUUCUCACUCUGUGCUCUGGGUGUGGUUAAGUGUGCAGGGAACCAACCCACCCCACAAUAUUAUACCCCCCCCCUUCUCUGAGGACCACCUGUAACCCCUGACCCCUGACCUUUUGUGACCCAGGAAGGGCACUCACUGGCCCCUGUAGCCCGGUCUAAGACUGUAUAACGCUCAGCUGGGCAGAGGGGAAGGCUAGGGGACCCUGGUUUUUCACCUUCCAUGUUGAUUCAUUCUUCCCUCCACGCGGAAUGAGUUGGUGCAGGCCAAGUAAGGUAGACAUGUGACUCUGGUCUUAAUGUUGCUCAUUCAAAAAAAAAAAAAACAAGAAAAACCUUUUGAAUAUUUAAACAGCAGAAGCUCCUGAGUAACGGGUGUGUGGUGUCACUCAGUAGGACAGGCUCACUCAUAUUUGACCACCCCC